AUGCCACCCGGCCGGCGUUCCUUUCAUCCCUGCACAGCGGCGUCGGCUCGGGCUUGGCGCUUGCUUUGGGGGGGUGAAAGCUCCAAGGUCGGGUUGUUUCCCCACAUUAGCACAGGCGCAGCAAGCAGUCGACUUGGUUGGACCAGCGGAGCUUGGUUUGGAGGCUCCAAGCGUCGAUUGAAUCACGACAAGACCAGACAACAAUCAACUUAUCAUCCCUACGCAUCUAUCAUCUCGCCAGCCGCCUACUGUAACAACACAGGGGCAUUUCAGCCCGUCGAUUCCAUCUCUGCAACCUGCGAUUUCCUUCCCGAGGCGUUUUCGCGACAAACAGAAUUCACAAUGUCUGCUCAAAGUUCAGCGGGUAUCCAGACCCUGCUCGAGGCCGAGCGUGAGGCGUCCAAGAUUGUCCAGAAGGUCCGCACAAAGAGAGUCAAGGAGGCCCGCGACGAGGCCAAGAAGGAAAUAGAAGCCUACAAGGCCGAGAAGGAGAGCGAAUACAAGGCGUUUGAGUCCAAGCACACCCAAGGCAACAAGCAGGCCGAGGAGGAGGCCAACAAGGAGGCCGAGACCCAGAUCAAGGAGAUCAAGGAGGCCGGCAAGAAGCACCAGGACAAGGUCAUCAAGGACCUGCUCAAGGCCGUCUUUGAGCCUCACCCUGUACCGCCGACUGCCGCUUAA